AUGCCCAGAAUACGCACAACGAGGACGAAGAAGCCCCCAGAAGGCUACGAAGAUAUUGAAAGCAUUCUCGAUGAUUAUGCGAAGAAGAUGAGAGACGCUGAGAACGAGUCUCAUGAGGGCAAACGCAAGGCCGAGUCCCUCUGGCCCAUCAUGCGUAUCUCACAUACACGAUCGCGUUACAUCUAUGAGCUCUAUUAUAAGCGUGAAGCUAUCACGAAAGAACUUUACGACUGGCUUUUAAAGGAGGGAUACGCAGAUGCGAACUUGAUAGCCAAAUGGAAGAAGACAGGUUAUGAAAAGUUGUGCUGCCUCAGAUGUAUCCAGACCAAGGAUAUGAACUACCAAGGCUCUACAUGUAUCUGUCGCGUGCCGAAAGCACAGGUACGGUCAGGUACGGUUGUCGAAUGCGUACAUUGUGGAUGUCGCGGCUGCAGCUCAGACUCCUAG